CUACACACUACUUUAUCACUCUCUUCUACUACGUUGUUGUGCUCGGAUACACCAUAGAGCAUCACCUGGAUAUUUCUCGAAGACACAUACAGCAUGGAUCCACCUGAAUUUCAAGAACAGCCUCAAACAAGUGAGAAGCCAUAUGAAUGCCUAUCUUGUGGUGUCAAGAUGGUGGCGAUUGAAGUGCAGCCCGAGUAUGGUUACUGUGUGUUGGUGGCUGUUGGCUCUUCCUUCAUGCUUGUCUGGAAGGCCAUGCAGGUAGGGUCCAUGCGCAAAAAACUGAAGAUCCAUUAUCCGACAAUGUACAGCCCAAAUAAUGACCUGUUUAACUGUUACCAGAGAGCACACCAAAACACUCUUGAAAAUUACCCAACAUUCCUGACGCUGUUGCUCUUGGGAGGCCUCUAUAAUCCUGUGGUGAGCGCUGUAGGAGGAGCUGUGUGGUGCGUUGGUCGGAUUGCCUAUGCUCUUGGAUACUACACAGGAGAUCCCAAGAAACGUAUGCGUGGGGGCUUUGGUUAUUUUGGGCUUUUCGCUAUGUUGUACUGCACAGUGCGUUUGGGCACAGGUAUGCUUGGGUGGUUUUGAGUUGAACUUGGUAAGUUCACUGCUCCUGCAUUGUACCAAAUGCUGGUGUAUUGCCAGGAUUGUUGAAUAUUACAUCACUGUUGAUCAUUCCUAGCUAAUUAUCCUGGAACCUUCAUAGUUAAUACUUUGCUAAGCUAGCGAUUGCUCUUGUAUGAUUGCAUUAUAAAUAUAGCUAAGCUAGCAAUUGUUCUUAUAUGAUUAUAUUAUAAAUAUAGCCAAGCUAGUGAUUGUUCUUGUAUGAUUAUAUUAUAAAUAAAAAGAUAUAUUAAU